UUCACAAAACACACACACGAGAGAGAGAGAGAGAGAGAGAGAGAAGAGAGAAGAGAGAGAGAGAGAGAGAGAGAGAGAGAGAGAGCGAGCGAGAGCGAUUGUAUGCCAAUCCGCUUGAUACUUAUAUAUCCAAAUUGACAUGGAUAUUUUAAAUGCAUAUUGGCCUGCAAUAGAUAUGUCCAUAACUAAUAAUUAAUGCAAUUCCACUAUAGGACAUGGGUAUGCAUGUAGAAAUUCAUUAUUACACAUGUAUAUGGUACAUACAGGAAUACAUAAAUGGACAAAUAUCGGCCGCAUAAUUAUUUUGUGGGGUAACUGGAGAGUCGCCCAGUGUGCCAGUUUAACUUGAGAAUGUAUGCUUCACCAGAGAAAUGAUAUGGAUGAAAAGUGGAGGAUAUGUACAACACUAUUUUGAAAUUGAAAACUUUCAAAUUUACUUUAUUUAGUUAAAAACUGCAGUUUUAGUAUAAUGCAGUCUGAAUUUUUAUACGCCUGCUAGACUCGAACACACGAUCUACAGUUCAGCAGUCGACGUGCUAACCUUCUGAGCUACUCAGCUAGGCGAUGAUUUCUUAAAUGAAUAGACAAAUAUUGCUGAUAUUUAUAUUUUCAUCCAAGUUUUAAAAGGAAGUCAGCCAUUAUGACGAUGUUCAGUACUUCCUUAACUUGUAAGGGGCACACUGGGGGCCCGAUUAAAACAUUCAGUGUCCAGACCCGAACGGGCGCCAGCGUUCUAAGGAGGUAAGGAGACCCGCCCUUCUCACCCUGUCACCUGCAGAGCUACCUGGAAAUUAUCAAGCGGGGCAUAUACAUAACCCAAUAACAUGUACCAGCCUGCAGCAUCCCCUCACAAAAGUGAGGUGGAUGUGGCCCCAACCGUUCCCGGUGGUGGCCCCACUAUAGCAAAUUAACUUGUUUUAACAUGUUAAGACUUUAAUAGCAUCCACUCACUGAAGUGAGAUGGAUAAGGCCCCAACCGGCCCCGGUGGUGGCCCCAUUAUAGCAGAUUAACUUUGUUUUAACUUGUUAAGACUUUAGUCCUGUAAACUGCCCUCUGCUUUAGAAACAGGUGGGGGAAGACACCCAGGUUUUGGAGCAGAAACAGUCAUGACAUAUCCAUUACCUACUCCCCAGUCCCCCUAAAACAUGCGACAUCUGGAAUGACAAUUCAGUGACAGUCCAUCUGGUCCAGGCUUUCAUCAUUUACUGCAUUUAGGGAAUCGUUAGGAUAUCAUUAGCUGUUUGCAAACCUGUAGAAGAAGAAACCCCCCCCCCCCCCCCAAAAAAAAAAAACCCCAGACACUGAGAAAAAAUACAUGUAAAAUAUCAUUAUAUGGGAUGGUAGGGUGGGUGGGUGUUUGCUUGCUUGGGUUGAAUCUGCCUAAUGGUUGGGGUCUUUCCCGGGGAGUACUAACUGUGACGUAGAUGACGUAGGAUGCAGGUUAAAUCCCGUAGACCUGAUGUACGGGGUGUCUAAAAAAUAAUAUGGACUAUUUGAUAUUAAAUCAAAUAAUUCCGAUUAAUUACUGAAUCCACCUUGAUAGUUAAAUAUCCAAAUUGACAUCGAUAUUUAAAAUGCAUAUUGGCCUGUAGCCUGUAAUAGGUACUUCCAUGACUAAUGCAAUUCCACUAUAGGACAUGGGUAUGCAUUUAGAAAUUCAUUAUUACACAUGUAUAUGGUACAUACAGGAAUACAUAAAUGGACAAAUAUCGGCCGCAUGAUGCUUUUUGUAUGGUAACUGGGGAGUCGGUCAGUGUGCCAGUUUAAAUGAGUUACCAGAAUAAGGACAAGUGUACUUGACAAUCAUGGGCCUAGGAAACAAACCUGAUCGUAGAGUCGCAUAGGAAUUACAGUAAUAAGACACGCCGAGAAAAUGGCAUAAGAACUGCUACAAUACAUGAACUAGUUAAUAGAACUGGAAGGUGGAUAAAAACACCUUGACUGAAAAAAAUCAAAAGUCGCUUAAAAUGUUGCACGUCUCAUGUUAAUUUCCCUAAAGGUGUUGCAUGAAAGAUAGAAAAAAAUAAGUUAUUCAAAUUUAUGAUAAAACCAAUUGGAACGUAUGUCUUGAUUCAAUAAAAUUUUGAAAAUAAGUUUAAAAGACGUGUAUUGACAAGAUUAGCCAAAAUAUUUCGAGUUUAAAUCAAGUAAUAAGCGAUUUAUAUGAUUUUCUAGCGUUAAAAUGGAGGGGUAUCCCCGAAUUUCACUGCCUCUGUGAAACAAAAUCAGAUUCUCUUUCACUAAUAAUUAUUUAUCAUUUACAUAUGGUAUAACCGAUUAUUACCCAAAUUACAAAGAUUUUGUAGUGUGAAUCAACCCUGAAUAAUGUAGCUUGCAGACCGUUGGUUGCUUUCAUCUCGUGUCAUGAGCCCCCGCAUAUACUGAUAAUAAAUAAUCCUCACUGAUAGAGAAUCUGAUUGGUCGAGAAGGUCGCGUGACCGUCGUGUUCCCAGCUACGCGUACUAUUAGGAUACUAGGACGUACUAUUUGUUGAGAUUCAUUGAUGACAUUAAGAUGAAGUGAAUAAACAGUCGAGAUUAUCUAGACAACUUUACCUUGUUUAGUAACUAGUUUUACCGUUCCUUGAAAUUCACAGCGGAAAGUGACGUCAUUUCUAUCAAGGGGGCGGGGGGCGGAAGGAGAUAUUGACUUCUUAAAAAACCAACCCACAUAAAACUCCCCAAAAAUAAAAAAAAGGGAAACCCUAAAAACCUAUUUCACCAAAACUUUAGUAUCCUAAGUGGAGUUGGGUGUUGGGUUGGAAUAGAAGACAACACAACUUCGAUAUCUAAAAUCAUUAGGGGGAGGGAAGCGUUUAUCAUCCAUUACAUAGGUUCAUCAAUAUAUCAGUUCAAUCUUACAUUCUUACUUAAUACUACUACAAGUAUGGGAUCCAGUCCGCGACAGACCUAAGUCGUUAAAACAGGUAGUGACAGUUCCAUCGCCAAACGCUCGACAUCAGGUGUGAAUGUCACGGGUCCUCAAAGAUGACCUUAAAAACGGAUGUCCCGUGUCGCAGUAAGUGUGGCAUGAUAAAGAAUUCUCACUGCUCAAAGGCCGUGAGCGCCGAGCAAAGGCCUUUCACCGGUCUUGGUGACGUCUCCACAUGAGUGAAAAUUUUUCGAGAGAGACGUUAAGCAAGAUACAAUCAAUCAGUCUUUUAGCAUUGCAUGUAAAAAUAACGGAAAAGGAAGGUUGUUGAAAAAGUGGGGAAGCCCCCUGCCCCCUCAUUCAAAGUGCCUGUACCACAUUCACUAUUAGCAAUGGUGAAAUUAAAUUCAGCCUCCUCAUAAAACCCUGGCCUCUCAUCUGUAUCUCAUGCAAUCCAGCUGCCACCCACCUCAUACUAGUACAUUCAAAAAACACUAGCCGCAUGAUUUAAUAGCAUCUGUUCUUCUUCCACAAGACUUUAUUAACAGAGCAAACUAUAGAAGAAACAAAAAGUUGUGAAUGUAUGGACUGAAGUUAAUCCGCCGAGAUGUCAUGAGUAAGAUGAAUGACUUCGCCAGAAUGAACGUUAACGUUGGCUAAACCUAACCCGGACAUGACACUUGCAUUUCUCCUGAUGAGGAAUAUUUUUACUUUGAUACGUGUAAUUUCAACAUUAGGCAAUUUGAAGUUAACCUUUUUAAUGUCAUUUUUACCAGCACAGCUGCAAAUUUAUUUAUUCUUUUAAAAGUUUGAAGCCAAGGCUCUUAGUAUUUUAUACCAUAUUAUCUAACUAACCGACAUUUGUCUUUCUGGACUAUUCUGGUUUCUUUUAGUUUGACAUGUUUUAUUGGCGUUUAUGCAUUGAAUAUCUUAAAUACUAUUAUGCAGGUACACAAUGCUGAAAAGAGUGGAAUCUUGGUUUAAACGUUCUACAACCAUAAAUCGAUGUUGACAUGUCUGAUGUCAAAUAGAUAAACAAUGCACACAUUACACGUGGAAAUUGAUCAGGAAAACGCCGUUCACGGAAAUGUUUUUGGUUUGUUUGGUUUUGCUCUACAAAAUGAUUCCAGUCAGGGGAAUAUUAUGCCGAGGUGGUAUACUAUCAGAACCUGGCGGUUGGUUUAUAUUCAAGGGACCUGCUCGUUCUCCUACAACUUAGAAGGCACCUGGACAAUUGAGAAGGAUGGACAGUUGGUGGGAAUGAUGGAAUUUGACUAUACGCACUUGAACGUAACGUUUAUGGGUCAAGUCUAUAACUACACCUGCCAUCAAUUUGACUAUCAGCAGGAAAGAUAUCUUUUGAGCACUGCAGGUGGUACGGGAGUGAUCUGCCUGAUGUUUACCCCCUUCAAUUCUGGCGACACCUCCUCCCUAAUGAUGAUCCGGCUUCACAUGACCCACAUUUUCAACGACAAUGCAUUCUUUGCACCCCAGUAUUCUGUUGGUCGUCUGUCGAUGAAUUCCAUUUGUAGCAACUACGACGACGGGCAGGUGCUCAUUAUCAAUUAUGUAUCAUAAACGGACCACGGCAUCAACAACAGUGUAUAUAUUGGACAGUAUAUUUGAUAAUUUGAUAUCCGGACUUUAUGAAUAUUUACUUGUUGACGAAAGCAGAUAUUUUGAUUUUAAAUUUCUAGAAAAUAUUGAACUGCUAUAUAUAAUAUAUAUCUAUGUAUUUGAUAAUCUGAAAUUGUAAUGUUUUAUUCAUAUGUACAUUUCUAAAUGCAGACAAAAGGAAGGCAUUGUAAAACGUGUCUUAUCUGAAUGGUGAACAAUCCGAUAAUUUGUGUAAGUCACAUAUAUAUUGGCCUUUUAUACUUUAAGAAUUUUUUGAAUUUAAUUAUCUAUAGAAUACCGGAUGUUGACUAGCUGUCCGCAAAUAUCAAUGUUCCAAUCUGCCACAUGGUCAUAUUUACCAUCACAAGUGCAUAACAUGUACUUGUGCAAAUAUAGGCGUGUUGCUUAUGUUGAAUGUUAAAGGUUUUCACUAUUGAUUUACAAAAUCUUUAUAUACACAUGCACUGUGUUUUGCAAUGGGUGGAUCGGAGCAGGAAUAGUAUUGUUUUCUGUGCGAGUAACACAUGUAUGUAAUGCAAUGGCAGAUAGAUGUUUUAUUGUCAUGACAUCGGUAGGCGUGUAGAGAAAAUGAGAUAUAAUUUAUUGCAGCCAGUUUCUAAACGAUGAAACGGAUGCAAACAGAAAAUAAUGAGAGGGGGAGGGAGGGAGAGGGAGAGAGAGUCUCUUAUGCGAAUUAUCAAAUAAAUUAUCCCUCAUGACAGUAGACACUAUUUACCUAUAUUACUGUAAUAUUGAAUGAUGAUGGAGAUAUGUUGUUUUGUCCCUUUUGUCUUGUAAUAUCUUCUUUUGGCAACAGAAGUAAUAAACAAUGGUAUAUUUCGCU